AUGAAAACGCCGGCGCUCCUCCUCCUUCUCGCCUUCGUAUCCAUUAUUCCUCCGUCCAUCGGCUAUGGCGAAUGGGAGAUCCUCACGGAACGAAAUUUCUCGUCUCAGAUUCGUCUCCACCCUCACGUCCUCCUCUUUGUCACCCCUCCAUGGUGUGGUGAGUCCAGAUCCCUUAAGCACGAAAUUACUCAGUUGGCUCAGAGUAGUGAGGAGUUUGGCUUGUUGAAAUUCAUGUUUGUGCACAGAAAUUCAGAGAAGAAUCUAGCACAAGCCAUUGGUGCUGCUGCCAACAAUGGGGUAACAGUUUUGUACUAUCACCAUAGUGUGCCUUACAACUAUCUUGGGAAACUCCGAGCCUCCAACAUAUUGUCCUCUAUACAUCCUUAUCUGACUUCUACUCCCGAAGAACUCCCUCUUAAGCAUUUGAAGUCUCCAGAGACUUUGAAAGAUUUCCUUGAAUCAUCUGACAAGGCUAUACUUCUGUUCGAAUUUUGCGGAUGGACAGCUACACUUCUGCCUGAGUUGAAGAAAAAUGUAACUGAAGAUAGCCUUUGGCAAGGUAACUUGUCAAAAAAGGUAGAAACUGACCGGGUGCUAAAGCUAAGAGGAAAAAAUAACCAGAAGGUGGCUGAAACCGACCAUGCAAAAUGGAAACUGAUGUGUAGACUCCAAAGCGGAUUUGGUAGAAUUCCUUGGCUUGAGGAUUUUAGCUAUGUCAAUGAUACUACUUCUUUGCAGGAGACUGGCAGAGAAAAUCGGGGUUUUGGGACAUGUAACCAUGACCAGUUCGAACAAUUCAGUUCAUUCCUCUCGAAAUUGAUUGCCACCGCAAAAGAGUUUUCUCUGCCUCCUGAAAGGCAAAAAUUUGGUCUGAUCACAGAAGCAUCGCUGGCUUCAUCUUUUAAUAUUGGAGCAUCUGAUUCGUGGGCAGCGGUCCUUCAGCUGGCAGGAUGUCCACAUUGUUCAAGGAUUCUUAAGGUCGGGGACGAUAUUCAGAGACUCUUAAAGAGGGAAAAUCCGAUAGUCGCAGAGCUGGAGGAUGACCAACAAGACCAUGAGUCAUCUUUACCUGCAAGUAAACCUUCGGUUAUUCUUUUUGUGGAUAGAUCAAGUGGCUCCUUGGAGGAUAGGAGGAGGAGUAUGAAAGCACUUGAUACUUUCAGAAAGGUAGCUGCACAGCAUAAAUUGUCGAACGUAAUAAACUGGGAGCAGGAUAUUAAGUAUGAGAACUCCGUUAGCCAGGCUGACCAAGAAUCGGGGUCCGUGUCACUUCCGAAAACUGCCCGAAAGUUGAAGACAAUUAAGUUAGAGAAUAAGGUCUCUUUUGUGAUUUUGGAUGGGGAUAAAAAUGUAGCCCUAGAUAGUAUAGCUUCGGGUAUGGAAGGCAGUUCUCUGCAGGAGAUACUGACAAAUCUUAUUCACAGAAGAAAAGAAGGUAAAUUGAGCUCGAUUGCCAAGGAUGUUGGUUUCCGUCUGUUAUCUGAUGAUAUGCACAUAAAAGUACUGGAUGUGUUACCGUCACAAGCAGAAGUUAUGUCUGGUCAAGACACAUCUUCAUCUUCUGCAGAAGGUUCCAGUGAAAUUUCUCUUCACCCUGAAGAAGGAAAUGUGCAGAACCGGGUCGGUAAGAGUUCUGAAGAAAAAGAUGAUAUGAAAUCUUCUGAGGUUGAAUCCUCCUCUCCAAAUGAUGAAGAGAAGGUUUCAACAAAUAGAAGUGAACAAUUAGUAAUGACCGAUACCGAUAAGGCUAAGGUUUAUUUAACAGAAAAUUUUAAUGGAGAGAUCAAAGUAUCAUUGCGCUCGGAAUCGAAGGAAGAUCUAGUGCAUAGUUUCACGGGUUCAUUUUUCUUCUAUGAUGCAAAUUACGCGUUACUAAGGGCUCUGACUGGUGAUGUAAAGAUUCCAUCAGCAGUGAUAAUUGAUCCUGCUUUACAACAUCACUAUGUCCUUCAAGAUGAGGUAGCAUUCAGCUAUUCGUCACUGGUCGACUUUCUUCAUAGAUAUCGCAAUGGAAGUCUAUCACCUUAUACACAGUCUGAAUCUACUAUUCAAAUGCCUAGAAAAGCUACAAUUCCACCUUUUGUCAAUCUGGAUUUUCACGAGGUGGAUUCUGUUCCCCGUGUCACAGUCAAUACUUUCUCCCACAUGGUUCAUGCAUGGAAUCAAUCCACUGCAGCAGAGAAGGCUCCUUGUCCUUUGUGCCAGGACGUUUUGGUACUUUUUAGCAACAAUUGGUGUGGGUUUUGUCAGAGGAUGGAGUUAGUUCUACGUGAAGUAUACCGAUCACUAAAGGAAUAUAAAGUGAUAAUACAAAGAGGAUCCAGGAACAAUCAAAGACUUUUCAAAUCAGAGGAACCAAUUAAUGGCAAGAAUCAGAAAUCUCCACUAAUCUACUUAAUGGACUGCACGUUGAAUGAUUGCAGCUUGAUCCUAAAAACAAUAAAUCAGAGGGAAGUGUAUCCUUCUCUGAUAUUAUUUCCAGCCGAGAGAAACAAAGUCAUUCCAUAUGACGGGGAGACAUCUGUGACUGACAUAACAGAGUUUCUAGCUCACCAUGCGAAUAACUGUCGUGAGUUUUUCAGAAUCCUUCCUACUCUGUCUGGAAAAGGAAGAAGAAAUUCAAACAAGUUCGAUCAAUCUUCAUCCGUGGUAAACAAUAAAGUGACAGACGGUGAUAAACUUGUUGAAGUCGUUUUAAGGAACAGAGAGCCUGCUGAAAGAGAGUUAAACCAUGAGCAGGUCAAUUCUCAAUCGCCUCCAACGCACUCGCUCAAAACCGCUCCCCAAGUGAAAUCCAGCACAAUCCUGGUCGCUACAGAGAAGCUAGCUGCCUCUCAACCGUUUGGCAAAUCAAAGAUUCUGAUCAUAAAAGCAGGCCACGAAUCCGGUUUCCUGGGUCUAAUCUUCAACAAACGGUUAAGGUGGAAAUCAUUCCCUGAGCUCGGCGAAACAGCCGAGCUCUUGAAAGAGACUGCUCUAUCGUUCGGAGGUCCGAUGGUGGAUCCAGGAAACCCACUUUUAGCUCUGAGCAAAGAGGGAGACUCGUCCACGGACGAUCAACUCUCACCAGGUGUGUAUUUCCUAGAUCAUGAGUCGGUGGCCCGUCGAAUCCAAGAGUUGAAAUCUAGAGAUCUGAAUCCAAGUGAUUACUGGUUUUUCUUGGGAUAUUCAAGCUGGAGUUAUGAGCAGUUGUUUGAUGAGAUAGGUCUUGGAGUAUGGGAUGUUGACAACAACGAGAUUGACUUUGCUUGGCCUUGA